GUUGUCUCUUCUAUCUUCUUAUCUUUCGAACCGUUCUCAGUGCGUGCGUGUGAAUGAUUCUGUCUCUUCUUCUUCUGUUCCUUCUGGUGUUCCUCAAGGCAGUGUGCUAGGGCCUCUUUUAUUUCUUAUUUUUAUUAAUGAUCUACUUCUGUCACUUCCACCUAAUUGUGAAAUCUGUCUCUUUGCUGAUGAUGUUUUUUUGAUUGUUCCUCUUUCCUCUCUACUGAUUCUUCUAAUUUUUCUCAUGUUCAAAACUGUAUAAACUCUGUUUCUCACUGAUCUUCUUCCAAUCUCAUGUCUUUAAACGCUUCUAAAUGUUCUUGGCUUCCGCUCUCUUUCAACAUAUUUCCGUACGUUUAUAAUCAAUUGUAUCUCAAUGAUGUUCCUCUUUCUGUUGUGUCUUCUGUGCGUUGUCUUGGUGUUCUUGUUUCGCACGAUCUCAGGUGGAACGAUCAUGCCAAGGACAUUGCUCUUGCUUGUCGGCGCAAGCUCGGAGCAUUGAAUCGUGUCUUUGGAUGAGCUCCAACUAAAGUUCGGCGUCGAAUCUAUCUUUCUUCUAUUCUUCCUAAAAUCGACUAUUGCUGUGCCUUGUACGACAGUUCGUUUUCUCUUACUGUUCUUGAUUCUGUGAACAAACUCGCUUCUCGUGUUAUUUCUCGAAAUUUUGAUUACCGUUCUUCUAGUUCUCUACUUGUGUCUCAUCUUUCUCUUCCAAAUCUCUCUCUUCGUCGUAAAUACUUUAGACUUUUACAGUUUUUCAAAAUUUAUCAUCGUCUAAGUCCUGUUUCUCUCUUUUACACUAUUCAUCGUCCUCACUAGUCAUCUUUACGUCUUCAUCACUCUAAAUACGUUCGUCUUCCACCUUCUGUUGAUGGUUUUUCUCCACAAACGGUGCAUUCUUCAUUUUUUUAUUCAACUAUUACUGAUUGGAAUAAUCUUCCAGAGUCAGUUAUUUGUCUUUCUUCUUUUAUGUCUUUCAAAACAGCCUUACUUCAGUAUCUCUUCCAGUGAAACGCUUGUCAGUUAAGCAUUUAUGCUUGUUCUUUUUUUGUUUUUUUUAAAAAAUUUUUGUUUUCUUUUACUACUUCUGGUUCUAAUCUUAGUUGUCUUCUUUAUUUUGUUAUUUCUUUUAUUAUUAUUUUGGUGUUAUUUGGCUUGAGUCAUUGUUAUUACAGGUCGGUGACCUUUGAUGAUUCUCACUUUUCGUGAAUAAACAAUCUUAGUCUUAGUCUUAGUCUUAGUCUGAUACCUUGCGACCUGUUGAUAAUCUCCAAAGUAGAUGGGUUGACGAGAAUCGACUAUGUUAAGUUGCAUAGUAAUGCUUAUUUUCUGAAAAAAAAUUAAGUACCUAAUGGAGAAAGCUAGAAUAAGGAAUCAAGCCAUACAGUCUUUAUGGAAUUUUUUAUGGCUAAAAGCCAACUCAUAUGCAAUCUAUUCUAGUCUCUAAUGAAUGUUUACACGUUUUAAUAUCAAACGUUUUUCUUUCCUCCAGUCACACAUAUACUCAUCGAACAUUACCCUAGUAUUUUCGCUACAUAAAAUGAUAUUUACCUUUUUUAGUAAAGGAAUUGUCUCCACUAUGUCUUCCUCUCUCAAUCAAUCAUCUCAGUUAUUUCUUGAAAAGAGUUUUUGAAAAAAGAAUGUCCUUCCGCAUUAACUUCCGAGUCAUCCGAAGGAGAAAUUGACAGCUAAUCUUCCAGUCUUUUUCUUUUGAUUGAUAUACUAGAUGUACCAUUCUUUAAACUGGUCCUCGAUGUAUAAUUUAUCUACUUGUAUUCUUCUUUCAAGGUUAUCUUACCCAUCACUUAAAAAAUAGUUUAACUCAGACAUGGUAUAGAGAUCAUCAAAAAUUCAGUCACUGCUUGAUAAUUACGUAUACAAAAUAUAUAAGAUAUUGAUUAUAACGAAAUAAUCGAUAUUACAUUCCGCGAGUAUCUAAUAUAAAAAUAAAAUAACUAGUUUUUGCUCUGCAUUUAGCAAAAGCAUAGUUCAUAUUUUUUAUUUGCUCGGCUUCCAUGUAUUUGAUUAUAAUUAAAAUUUGUAAGAAGAUGUUUACCUUUAUAUACAGUAAAAGAAGUAAGAGAAAAAAAAAAUGAAAAUAAUGUCAUCUAAUGUGAUUCCUUCUCUUUUUUUUCUUUUCUCAUCGGUAUCGUGUAACACGUUAACUCAGUUUUGUUUUGAGUAAAAUACCGAACUGACAUAGUUAUUAAAAACUUUUCUACUUUUCACAAUCGCAGAAAAAUUAUGUGUUUUAAGAACUCAUUUACAUAAUAGUUGUUAAACAAUCGUUCAAUUGUGUUUCAGAUAAAUAUGUCUAUACCAAAAUUACUUGAUUUAAGUGAAUAUUGUAUUGCAAAAAAUUUUGAACAAAUUGUACAUGAACAAUCAACAACAAUUCGUUUAUUACCAGUUAAUUUAAAAGCUCGUCUAUUUUUUCUUUUAUCUCGACGUGGCCUCAUUAAUGAUUCAAAUAUUCAUUUAUUACUAAACUGCCGCACUCGAGUAUUUGAUUUUCGUGAUUGUAAUAUAACCGAUGAAGCAUUGUCUAUUAUGUCAAAAUGUAGUUUACAUUCACAAAUCGAACGUGAAAGACGGACAAUAACAACAACAACAAUUGAUCAUCAAAUAACGUCAGUUCUUAAUCCAAGUGUUUUGUAUAUUAGAGGUCGAAUAACUGAUUAUGGAUGGAUUAAAUUUAUUCAUGAAUAUCUUAAUUUAAGAAAAAUACGCUUAAAUAAUUGUUUAUUAUUAACAGAUAAAAGUUUACAAUCAAUUGGACAAUGUUGUCAUCGUCUAAUUGAAUUAGAUUUAAAUGGUUGUAUCAAUAUAAGUGAUGAUGGCAUUAGAGAACUAAAACAUUUACUUCAUAUUAAAUCUUUAGGAUUAGCGCAAACAUCAAUUACUGAUUUAGCUUUAUAUACAAUUGGACAAGCGUCAUUUAAACAUAUGCUACAAGAAAUAAAUGUUAGACAAUGUCAACAAAUAACAGAUGAUGGAUUUACUUAUUUAUUAAAAAAUUGUCCAAAUUUACGAACCAUUGGAUUUUUACAAUGUCCAAAAUUAACGGAAUUAUCAAGACAAAGUUUAGGACCAAAUACACAUCAAUUCUCUUAUGUAGUAUGGUCAAUUCCUGUUUAA